AUGUGAUAUAUGUGUAGGGACUGUAAUUUGUAAGGCUUACAUGCAUUAGUUACAAGAGAAAACUUAUAGGGUGGUUUAAUUAGGGCCAUGUUGCCAUAGUUGGUGGGAUACAAUAUUUAUGAUCUCAUAAGUUCAUGUUAUUGGCCUAAUAAAUUCAUUAUGAAUUUGUUUUUUUAAAGACAAAUCCAUGUGAUUUCAUAUGCUUAUGUUUUUUUCAAUUUCAUAGAGGAUACAUCAUUUGUUUAUAGCCUAUAUAUACAAACAUCAUUUCUUGAUUACAACCAUCAUCAACAACUCCUUACUCACCUCUCACUUAUUUCAAAUACUUCUCCAAGAUUCACUUCAUACAAAAAUGGCCAUCCGCCAAAUACUGAAACGAUCUUUAUCCAACGAAAGAAGAUCAAAUAAAGUUCCAAAGGGUCAUUUAGUUGUUUACGUCGGAGAAAAUGAAAAGAAGAGAUUUGUAAUUCCAUUGUCAUAUUUAAACCAUCCUUUGUUUCAAGAAUUGCUAUGCCAAGCCGAAGAAGAAUUCGGAUACCAUCAUCCAAUGGGCGGCCUUACUAUUCCUUGCAGAGAGGAUUUAUUCAUUGAUGUAACAUCUUGCUUGAGCAGAACAUGAUAUAUAUACAGUUAUGCAUAAACUAGGUCUUAGGGCAAUAGAAUGUUUGUUAGCUAGUUCGUGGACGAUUUUGUUCAUUUUUUUUUUUCGUACACAAAGAAGAUACUUUGUCAGCAGGUAGAAGAUGUACUCAUGGACAUAUAGAUUAACGGUAUUACUUAUGAAAGAUCUUUUGUUUACUCCGAGCCAUUUUGACAUGUGCAUUUUAUGUCGGGUAAAUUCCAUUUUCCCUCUUAUACUUUGACUUGGCAUCACUUUACCCCUUUCUACUCUCGAUUGUAUCGAUUUGACCCCUGCACUUGAAAACUUGUCUUAAUAUGGCUCUCGAUGUUAGUUGUCAGACAUUUGACCUUAACACCUUUCGGUUUAAGCUCUGAAGUUGUGAAUUGAAAGUUGGGUUGUGAGUUUAGAAAUGUGUCGUGUGAAUGCGUAUAGAUAGAUGAACAUGUAAAUGCCAUAGUCCUUGCGAAGAAGCCAAAGGGUAUCUGGUUUAUGACAAACUCGUAGAAACAAAAGCACAUGAAGAAUCACAUGAUUUUGUCUCUAAAAUCUUCACAAGAUAUAUUUUGGAGCAACAUGUAAUUAAUGAUUUGUCAUCUGUGGGGUUAAGGACAUUAUUCAUAACACCACCUGCAAGAAAAUACUCAGCUGAAUUAAAUGCGGCAUAAGUUCAAUUGCAGAACAUAACUUAUAGCAUUCAGGAUAACGAAAUAAAUAGCGAUGAUGAGAUGUGCGGGGCCGCGGCCUUCACUUCUUGAAUUUCUUGUGAAUACAAAAUAAAAAUGGGUUUAAUUGAGAUAGCCUCACUAACUUAGAUAAUGUACGAUAAACCCACGUAUUUUUAUGUUUUUGAGUAAAAUUCAUUUAUUGUAAGUUUCAUUUGAUAUAAACCCAAAUA